AUGUCCAGUUGCUUUCGUCUAGGAGCGUUGGGUCAGCAUCGCGCGUUGACUUAUACUCGGUCAGCCUUUCGACAAUGCUGUGGCCGUAGUGAACUUGCUGGGCCUGCAAUCUCCUGUCGGAACGUACGACACAACAGCCAGUUCACGGGGCCGCAAGCAACUUCAAACUCGACGCGCGCAAGCUAUUCUCACUACUAUGCUCUCGCCAUUGGUUCUGCUAUCAGUGCAUACCUUGGAUACUACUACGCGAUCAAGCAUGAAACACAGCAUCCAGAAACGCGUGUAUCUACGUCGGGACUCAACGAUCAAUAUGGUACCCCGCAGGACUUUCAGAAGGCGAUAGCAGAGCUACGGCAGACCUUCCCGUCAGCAAAUGCAGUCUCCACUGACCCUGAUGAACUGCAUGUCCAUGGUCACUCGGAGAAUGACUAUCAUCCUGAUUCCCCUCCCACGGUCGUUGUGUACCCGACAUGCACGGAAGAUGUCGUCAAGAUUGUCAAAAUAGCGAACAAGUACAAGAUGCCUGUGACGCCGUACUCAGGAGCAACCAGUCUGGAGGGGAAUUUCAGAGCUCCGAAAGUCGGCGGAAUAUGUGUUGAUUUGUCUGGCAUGGACAAGAUAAUCGAAAUUCACGAGGCGGACUCGGACUUGGUAUGCCAGUCUGGUGCCGGAUGGGUGCAGAUCAACGACACUCUGAAGGAGAAAGGUAUUGCGCUCUUUUUUCCCAUUGACCCUGGAAUUGGCGCCACCAUCGGAGGAAUUAUUAGCACAGGGUGCUCCGGCACCAAUGCUGUCCGUUAUGGUACAGCAAAGGCAGAGUGGAUCUUGAACGUGACAGUUGUUUUGCCCAACGGUGAAGUGAUCAAGACUCGCCGCCGUUCGCGGAAAUCUGCAGCCGGCUUUGAUACCACGAAGCUGUUCACUGGUGCAGAAGGCACACUCGGUAUCAUCACGGAAGCAACGAUACGCUUGGCACCUGUAAUGCCGACGGCGGUCGCCGUUGUUCAGUUUCCCGACGUACGCAAAGCCACAGAAGCAGUGAUCGAGCUCUUAAACAAAGGAAUCGGGAUACAAUGUGUGGAGCUGUGUGAUGACAACUUCAUGCGCGGGACUAACCGCUACGGCGCAUCGGUUCGCAAAUACGCGGAAAAGGACAGCCUGUUCUUCAAAUUCCAAGGCCCGACUGCCCAAUCAAUUCAGGAGUCAGUUAAGAUUGCGCGCGACAUCGCGAAAAAGUACGGUGGCACCGGAUUUGAGCUCGCUCGGACCGAGAAGGAGGCGGCGGACCUCUGGAUGGAUCGCAAGAAUGCGCUGUAUUCUGGCUUAGCAUUGGUCGAAGGAUGCCGUGGAUGGAGCACGGAUGUUUGUGUCCCUGUCUCGCGGUUGCCUGAUCUGGUCUAUGAAACUAAAGAGGACAUCAGGAAGUCUGGGAUUGCCUCGACUGUAGUCGGACAUGUCGGUGAUGGUAACUUUCACGCGCUGCUUCUAUUCACGAGCGAUGAAGAGCUAGAGAGGUGCCGAGAAUUGGUGCACAGGAUGGUCCACCGUGCAAUCGCCCUCGAUGGAACUUGUACGGGAGAGCAUGGCGUCGGCAUCGGCAAACGGCAGUACCUCAUUGAUGAGCUGGGCGAGGGUACCGUCGAGCUCAUGAAGACCGUCAAGCGCGCUAUCGAUCCAUACAACCUGUUCAACCCUGGCAAGGUGGGGUUUCGUGUGGACGCAUCUGCGCUCGCUGGUACUCAUCUCUAUGCUCGGUUGCAGUUAUAUCCGAACGCUCGUCGCGGGUCCAGUCUGUAG